UGCGUUUGUUUACUAGGGAAACCCGAAUAUUGACUGUUCUUCAACCUUAUCCGUCCAUGUCUGGAAGCCCAUUCAUCGGAGUGGGUCGUCGGUAGUCAUUACUUUAAUACUUUAAAGAUUAUGAUAUGCUUCUCUCUCCUUUACUCUCAUAAAAAGCUGACUUUUACUGAAAGCAACGAGGCGAAAUAAACACUCACGACAGGACCGCGUGCUUCCGAGGGGACUAAAGUUCUUCAUAGUGAUGCUGUGACAGAACGACGCAGUGAAACAAAGCACAUAUUUGUAAAAGGUGAGCGCCUCGACCUGAGCCAAUCCCCUGGGAGCAGCAGCACCGGUUGCCGUGGAGAUGGACAUGAAGGAGCGUCCGCACCGCUCCCUGACCCGGGGCCGCUGCAGGAAGGACUUCCACCACGCCACGGCAUCCCUGCAGCCUGAGGAGUGUCGUGUGGCCACCCAGAAGUCCUACAGCUCCAGCGAGACGCUUAAGGCCUACGACCGCGAAACGCACCUGCACUACGGGGGCUGCGUGGCUGAGCUGGUGCGCCACGAACACCAGGAGUACGUCCGCCAAGGGAGCUUCACGCUGGCGGAGCUGGGAGUGAGAGACCAACAGGCCCAGGCCCAGGCCCAGGCCCAGGCCCAGACCCAGGCUGCCUACCACUCCUCUCACUCGGAGCUGGGCCUGCUGCAGCAGGGCUACUCCCUCAGCGCCGGCUCCGAUGCAGACUCCGACCCAGAGGGGGUCAUGUCCCCGGAGCGCGCCGUCCAGCUGUGGGGAGGUCACGCGAUCAAGUCCCGCCGCAGCUCCGGCCUCUCCAGCAGGGCGAACUCAGCCCUCACACUCACCGACUCCGACAACGAACACAAGUCUGACGACGAGUCAGGUCGUCCCCUACCUCCCACACCUUCGUCCAGCCUGCUACCCCCCGCCCCACCUCCGCCCCACGGACCACCCCAUCCCGCCCCCCCAGCCAUCAGGGAGUGCCAAGUGCCCCUGCUAGACAGCCGCUCCCCCCACGUCAUGCUGGACCCCCCUCCUGACGACGAAUUCUCCCCUAAUUCGUACCUACUCCGGGCAUGCGCCCCUCCACCCCAGCCCCCAUCUGCGGGUCCUCCCAACAACCACCACAGUCAGUCUCUGCGGCCGCCGCUCCCUCCUCCUCACAACCACCACCAGUCGUCAGCCAGCUCCCUGAACCCCAACACCCUGGCCAGCCGUCGCGGCCCAGCCCACGCCCCCUCGGCGGCCCCCGGGGAGGGUCCCUCCACGCCAGAGUCAGUCCAGCUUCAGGACAGCUGGGCACUGAACAGCAGCGUGCCCCUGGAGACCAGGCACUUCCUGUUUAAAACCCCGUCCGGGACCACUCCCCUGUUCAGCAGCUCGUCUCCAGGGUACCCCAUGACGUCUGGAACAGUCUACUCCCCCCCGCCGCGGCUGCUACCCAGAAACACCUUCUCUAGGAGCUCUUUCAAGCUGAAGAAACCCUCCAAGUACUGCAGCUGGAAAUGUGCUGCCGUGUCGGCCAUCGCUGCUGCCGUCCUGCUGCUUGUGCUGCUCUCCUACUUCAUAGCUCUAAACAUGCUAGGGCUCAACUGGCAGUUGAAGCCGGCUGAUGGUCACCUGAUCAACAACGGCCUGAGCACUGAGCUACCGGGCAGGAGCGACGUGGCAACAGUGCCCUCCGGAGGCAGAGGACCAUGGGUGUAUAGGAACAGUAGUAUAAGUACAGGUGAGCUGGAGGUAGGUCGGCGGAUGAGCCAGGACGUCCCCCCAGGAGUGUUCUGGCGCUCCUUACUACACCUCCGCCAGCCCCUGUUCCUCAAGUUCAACAUUUCCCUGGGCAAAGACGCACUCUUUGGGGUGUACAUCCGUAAGGGCCUGCCCCCCUCCCACGCACAGUAUGACUACAUGGAGCGUCUGGAUGGGAAAGAGAAGUGGAGUGUGGUGGAGUCUCCUCGGGAGCGUCGCAGCAUCCACACGGUGGUUCUGAACGAGGCCAUCUUUGUUCAGUACCUGGACCCUGGCACCUGGCAUCUGGCCUUCUACAACGACGGCAAGGACAAGGAGUCUGUCUCCUUCAGCACCAUGGCUCUAGGUGAUUCAGUGCAAGAAUGCCCGCAGAAUUGCCAUGGAAACGGAGAGUGUAUGUCAGGUGUGUGCCACUGCUUCCCAGGAUUCCAUGGCAUGGAUUGUGCCAAAGCUGCCUGCCCAGUCCUCUGCAGUGGGAAUGGCCAAUAUGACAAGGGCUUGUGUAUCUGCUACAGCGGAUGGAAGGGUCCAGAGUGUGAUGUCUCCGUGGGCCAGUGCAUUGACCCAGAGUGUAAUGGCCAUGGCACCUGCUCCGAGGGCUCCUGCACAUGCUCCGCAGGUUACCGUGGCGACACCUGCGAGGAAGUGGACUGUCUGGACCCUGGCUGCUCUGGCCAUGGUACCUGUGCGAGUGGGCAGUGCCACUGUAAGCCAGGCUGGGCCGGCCCGCUCUGUGAGCAUCCAGGGGCCCAGUGCCCAGACCAGUGCCACGGACACGGGGCCUUCAUACCCGACACGGGCAUCUGUAGCUGCGACCCAAACUGGAUGGGACCAGACUGCUCCAUGGAGGUUUGCUCGUCGGACUGUGGCGCCCACGGCGUGUGUAUUGGCGGAGUGUGUCGCUGUGAGGAGGGCUGGACCGGCGCCGGGUGUGACCAGCGUGUCUGCAACCCGCUGUGUGUGAAGCACGGGACAUGCCGGGACGGAAAGUGUCAGUGCCAACAGGGCUGGAACGGAGAGCACUGCACCAUCGAUGGGUGCCCGGGUCUGUGUAACAGGAAUGGCCAAUGCAGCCUGGGACAGAACAGCUGGCACUGUGAAUGCCACACUGGCUGGAGAGGACCUGGCUGCAGUGUUGCCAUGGAGAUCUCCUGUGCCGACAACAAGGACAACGAAGGAGACGGACUGACAGACUGCAUGGAUCCCGACUGCUGCACUCAGAGUCUGUGCCUGACCAAUCCACUGUGCCUGGGAGCAAGGGAUCCACUGCAGAUCAUCCAGCAGAGCCAAUCACCUUCGCUGAAAGUCAGGUCAUUCUACGACAGAGUCAAGCUGCUGGUGGGGAGGGAUGGUACCCACAUCAUUCCUGGAAACAACCCCUUCAACUCAAGCCUGGCGGCGUUGAUCAGAGGCCAGGUCCUGACCACGGACGGGACUCCCCUGGUGGGGGUCAACGUGACGUUCGUCAGGUACCCUCACUAUGGCUUCACCCUGACUCGACAGGACGGCACAUUUGACCUGGUGGCCAAUGGGGGUGUGUCUCUGGCCCUGCGCUUCGAGCGAGCUCCGUUCCUGAGCCAGGAGCGCACAGUGUGGCUACCCUGGAACCGGUUCUAUGCCAUGGACACGCUAGUGCUGAAGACGGAGGAGAAUACCAUCCCAGCCUGUGACCUCAGCGGUUACGUCCACCCUGACCCCGUGGUGGUGGCCUCGCCCCUCUCCUCCUUCUACAGCUCCCACCCUGCAGAAAGGCACAUCAUCCCUGAGACUCAGGUGGUUCAUGAGCAGCUGGAGAUCCCGGGCACAGGUCUGAAGCUGUGCUACCUGAGCUCUCGUGCCCCGGGGUACCGCGCCCUGCUGAAGGUGACCAUGACCCAGGCCCUGGUACCCCUGUCCCUGGCCAAGGUGCACCUGAUGGUGGCCGUGGAGGGGCAUCUCUUCCAGAAGUGGUUCCACGCCUCUCCUAACCUGGCCUACACCUACAUCUGGGACAAGACAGAUGCCUACAGGCAGAGGGUCUAUGGUCUGACCCAGGCAUCUGUGUCAGUGGGGUUUGAGUAUGAGACGUGUCCCAGUCAGAUCCUAUGGGAGAAGAGGACAGCGGUGCUGCAGGGAUAUGAGCUGCUGCCCUCCAACCUAGGGGGCUGGUCCCUGGACAAACACCACACCCUCAACAUUGCCAGUGGGAUCUUACAUAAGGGCAGUGGAGAGAACGUGUUUGUGUCGGAGCAGCAGCCUCCAGUCAUCAACAGCAUCAUGGGUAAUGGGCGCAGGCGCAGUAUCUCCUGUCCCAGCUGCAAUGGUUUGGCCGAGGGCAACAAGCUGCUGGCCCCCGUGGCGCUGGCCUGUGGGGGGGACGGCAGCCUGUAUGUGGGAGACCUCAACUUCAUCCGCCGGGUCUACCCCACCCUCAACACCACGGCCGUGCUGGAGCUCAGAAAUAAAGACUUGAGGCAUGGGAACAACCCAACACACAAGUACUACCUAGCGGUGGACCCAAUGUCUGGGGCGGUCUUUCUCUCAGACACCAACUCUCGGCAGAUAUACCGUGUGCGCUCGCUGACCAGUGGACGGCAGUUGUUGGACAAUGCCCAGGUGGUGGCUGGGACCGGCGAGCAGUGUGUCCCCUUCGACGAGGCUCGCUGUGGGGACGGGGGCAAGGCCGUGGAGGCCGCACUCAUGAACCCCAGGGGGAUCGCUGUGGAUAAGAACGGCCUCAUGUACUUUGUUGACGCCACCAUGAUCCGCAAGGUGGACCAGAACGGCAUCAUCUCCACCCUGAUCAAGACCAAUGACCUCACAGCGGUCCGCCCACUCAGCUGUGACUCCAGCAUGGACGUCAGUCAGGUGCGUCUGGAAUGGCCCACUGACCUGGCGGUGAACCCCACAGACAACUCCCUGUAUGUUCUGGAGAACAAUGUGAUCAUGCGCAUCACUGAGAACCACCAGGUCAGCAUCGUCGCUGGGAGGCCCAUGCACUGCCAGGUCCCAGGCAUCGACUACUCCCUGAGCAAGCUGGCCAUCCACUCGGCUCUGGAGAGCGCCACGGCCAUCGCCAUCUCCCACAGCGGCGUGCUCUACAUCGCCGAGACGGACGAGAAGAAGAUCAACCGCGUGCGGCAGGUCAGCGCCUCCGGAGAGAUCUCUCUGCUGGCCGGCGCCACCGCUGAGUGUGACUGCAAGAACGACAUCAACUGUCAAUGCUUCUUUGGCGACGAGGGCUACGCCACGGACGCCGGGCUUAACGCCCCCUCCUCGCUUGCCGUGUCUCCCGAUGGCACGCUGUUUAUCGCUGACCUAAACAACAUCCGUGUGCGGGCAGUGAGGCGCAACAGGCCCAUGGCCACGCCCGUGGGGCUUUACGAGGUGGGGUCACCAUGGGAACAGGAGCUCUAUGUGUUCAGUAGAGAUGGGCUCCACAGACAGACAGUCAGUCUGAUCACCGGAGAACCCCUCUAUAACUUCACCUACGGGCCAGACGGGGAGCUGGCUGUUGUGGCUGAUAACUGUAACAACACCCUGAGGGUGAGGAGGGACGGAUCUGGCCAGCUGAGGCUGGUGCUGCUGCCUGAGAACCAGGUGGUCACCAUGGGGUUGGACCCUGCCGGCGGCCUGCGCUCCGUAUCUGCCCUCAACCAGGAGGUGGCGCUGAUGAGCUAUGCUGCGAACACAGGCCUUCUGGCCUCCAAGGCCGAUGAGACUGGAUGGACCAACUUUUAUGAGUAUGACAGUGAGGGACGUCUGACUAACGUCACCUACCCCACGGGAGUGGUGACCAGCCUGCACCGGGAGAUGGAGCAGUCCAUCAACGUCGACAUGGAGAGCUCCAACAGAGACGGUGACGUCACCGUCAUCACCAACCUGUCCUCUGUGGAAGCGUCCUACACCGUGGUGCAAGACCAAGUACGGAACAACUACCAGUUCUGUUACAAUGGCACUCUCCGGGUAUCGUAUGCCAACGGCAUGGGCCUCAGCUUCCACACAGAGCCCCACAUCCUAGCCGGCUCGGUCAGCCCUACCAUUGGUCGGCGCAACAUCACUCUGCCCACCGACAGCGGGCUGAAUUCUAUCGAGUGGAGGAUGAGGAAGGAAGUAAUCAAAAGCAAAGUGACCGUCUAUGGCAGGAAGCUGAGGGCCCACGGCAGGAACCUCCUCUCCAUCGACUUUGACCGCAACACUCGCACAGAGAAGAUCUAUGACGACCACCGUAAGUUCACGCUGAGGAUCAUGUACGACCAGCAGGGCCGUCCAGCCACCUGGCUUCCCAGCAGCAGCCUGGCUGUGGUCAACGUGUCCUACUCCCCCACCGGACGCCUGGUGGGCCUGCAGAGAGGCAGCAUGAGCCAGAGGAGCGAGUUUGACACCUUCGGACGCAUCCUCUCACGCACCUUUGUGGACGGGAAGGUGUGGAGCUUCAGCUAUCUGGACAAGUCCAUGGUGCUGCUCCUCCAGAGUCAGAAGCAGUAUGUGUUUGAGUUUGACACCUCAGGGCGUCUCACCUCUGUCACCAUGCCCAGCAUGGCCAGACACACCAUGUCCACCCACGUGUCCGUCGGCUACAUCCGCAACAUCUACAACCCUCCCGAGAGCAACGCCACCGUCAUCCACGACUUCAGCGAGGACGGACGACCACGUGCCACCUUCUACCUGGGCACGGGCCGACACGUCAUGUACAAGUACGGCAAGCUGGCCAAGCUGUCUGAGGUUCUGUACGACGGCACGGCCGUUACGUUCGGCUACGACGAGACGACCGGAGUGUUGAAGAUGGUCAACCUGCAGAGCGGCGGGUUCUCCUGCACAAUCCGUUACCGUAAAAUAGGCCCCCUGGUGGACAGACAGAUGUACCGCUUCUCUGAGGAGGGCAUGGUCAACGCCCGCUUCGACUACACCUACCACGACAACAGCUUCCGCGUGGCCAGCAUCAAGCCUGUGAUUGGCGAGACGCCCCUGCCCCUGGACCUCUACCGCUACGAUGACAUCUCAGGCAAGGUGGAGCACUUUGGCAAGUUUGGCAUUAUAUACUAUGACAUCAACCAGAUUAUCACCACGGCAGUGAUGACCCUCAGCAAGCACUUUGACGCCCACGGCCGCAUCAAAGAGGUGCAGUACGAGAUCUUCCGCUCGCUCAUGUACUGGAUGACGGUGCAGUAUGACAGCAUGGGUCGGGUCAUCAAGAGAGAGCUGAAGAUCGGGCCGUAUGCUAACACAACACAGUACCGCUAUGAGUACGACGGCGACGGCCAGCUUGUCGGGGUCAAAGUCAACGACUGGUCCACCUGGCGCUACAGUUACGACCUGAACGGCAACCUGCACCUGCUGAACCCUGGGAACAGCGCCCGCCUGCUGCCGCUGCGCUACGACCUGCGAGACCGCAUCACCCGCCUGGGCGACAUGCAGUACCGCGUGGACGAGGACGGCGUCCUGAGCCAGCGCGGCGCCGACGUGUUCGACUACAACUCCAACGGGCUGCUGGAGCAGGCGUACAGCCGCACGCCCAGGGGGUGGAGCGUCCGUUACCGCUACGAUGGUCUGGGCCGCCGCGUCUCCAGGAAGACCAACGAGGGAGAGCACCUGCAGUUCUUCUACGCUGACCUCAACUACCCCGGCAGGAUCACCCACGUUUACAACCACUCUGGAGGGGAGAUCACCUCCUUCUACUACGACCUGCAGGGCCAUCUGUUUGCCAUGGAGGUGAGCGGCGGGGAGGAUUACUACGUCGCCUCGGACAACACGGGCACGCCGCUCGCCGUCUUCAGCAGCAACGGACAGAUGGUCAAGCAGCUCCAGUACACUGCCUACGGGGAGGUGUACCACGACUCCAACCCUGACUUCAACAUGGUGGUGGGCUUCCACGGGGGGCUCUACGACCCACUCACCAACCUGGUGCACUUUGCCCAGAGGGACUACGAUGUGGUGGCAGGCAGAUGGACUGCACCAGACCAUAAACUCCUACCUAAAAUCGGCAAGGAACCAGCCCCGUUCAAUCUGUACAUGUUUAAGAACAACAACCCACUCAGUGACAUGAUUGACAUCAAGAGCUAUGUGACAGACGUGAAGAGCUGGCUGGUGAUGUUUGGUUUCCAGCUCAGUAACAUCAUACCAGGUUUCCCCAGACACUCCAUGUAUUUUGUUGAUCCGCCUUAUGAACUACUGGCAAGCCAGGACUCUGAGACUGUUCCGCUGAUAACAGGGGUGCAGCAUGCAGCAGAACGCCACAACCAGGCCUUCAUGGCCCUGGAGGGGAGGUUGCUCAACAAGGAGCGCCGGGCCAAACGGGACAAGCCCGGCUACUGGUUCGGCACCAAGAUCCCCAUCGUGGGCCGGGGCAUGAUGCUGGCCAUCAAGGAGGGCCAUGUGGUGACUGGUGUAUCAGGCCUGGCCAGCGAGGACAGCCGCAAAGUGGCCCAGGUCCUGAACAACGCCGUCUAUCUGGAGGGAACCCACUACACCAUAGACGGGAAGGACUGCCACUUCUUUGUAAAGCUGGGCCUUGCUGACAGUGACCUGCUGUCUCUGGGGCUGAGCAGUGGGAGGAAAGCCCUGGAGAACGGCGUCAACGUGACUGUGAGUGGACGCUCUCGCCGGGGUGUCACCGUGGAGAUCCACACGGUGGCGUUGUCCCUGAGCGUACGUUACGGCCUGGCGGCUGACGUGCUGGAGAAGGAGAGGGGUCGCCUGCUGGAGCAGGCCCACCAGAGAGCCCAGUCGGGGGCCUGGAUGAGAGAGCAGCAGCGUCUGAGAGAGAGCAGAGAGGGAGGGAGGCUGUGGGCAGAGGGAGAGAGGCAGCAGCUCCUGGCAACAGGGAAGGUGCCAGGUUACGAUGGGUACUAUGUGCUGCCUGUGGAGCAGUACCCAGAACUGGCAGACAGCAGCAGCAACAUCCAGUUCCUGAGACAGAACGAGAUGGGCAGGAGGUAACAGAGCACAGCACAGCCCCUUUGACACUUCAUCUCCUAGGGAGAGUAAACAUGGGGUUUCCCUCGCAAUGCUGCAGGAGCAUCUAAGAGGACACAAUCUCACAAAACAGAUGUCUUGCUGAAUGUAAAAACAGCGCCUGAAUUAGUUCAGACAAUGAUUUAGAAAAGCACCCUUAACUACUAAUGAUAUGAACUCUACUUACUUUUUUAAGAGGGGGAAAAAAUGGAUUUUGAAAAACGAAAACAUCUUUUUACAUUUUUUUUGGAGGGAUUGGUAUUGAUGCCAAUGAGGAAAAAGUUAACUGCUUUCCAACGUCUUAUCAGACGUACCCUACACAGCACUGACAAUGACAACCCAGUCAAGGCUUUCCUUUCUAAUGGCUAAACAACUCUUGAACUGUCUCAGACCACUGUCUGGGGAACAUAGAGCCAUCGCUUGCCAAUACAGUCAUAACCAUGAGCAAUGUUUAAGGACGCUCAGUUGUUCUUCAUUCAAAGUACAUAGUAAUAUAUGUUUUAAUUUAACAAAGACAGAGAUUGAGGAUGUAACAUGUAUGUAGAUUUGUAUGUUCCUGUGCAGUAUACUUUUUCUUGCUCUUUUUGUCUGCACUAAAUGACAAUCAUGAUGAAUUUGUAUCGAGGACAACAUGCAUAAAAGUCUUAUUUUCUAUUUGUAAAAUAUGAAAGUAUUCUCAAUGUUUAUUUAUUUAAAUUUGCAGCCCAAGACAACAUGUUACAGACAAAUAUAUGGUGUAUGUCGGAUUUUGAUAUUGUUUACUGUCAAACCUGUUGCCCUCACAUUACCAAGAUAAAUGUGUACAUUCAUUCAGCAACACAGAUCCAACCUGAAAGCGGUCUAAUUUGUACAUUUCUCAAAAUAAGUGACUUUAGUAUUGUUCUGUCUACAGUGGCUUGCGAAAGUAUUCACCCCCCUUUGGUAUUUUUCCUAUUUUGUUGCCUUACAACCUGG